UAGCCAGCCAUGGACACCCCCUGCCUCAGUUGCCAGGGACUCCCUGGGGAAGGAGCAUUGUCCAGCCCCGGAGGGGCUGCUACAGUGGGCCCCUCAGAGAGACCCCUGCCCUGGCCAGCCAGAUCUCUCCCAUCCAACACUGACCCUGCCUGGCCUGGGGAGGCACUCCGGAUGGAUGGAAGGAGGGACAGAUAGAAACCUGCUUCAGGAAACACGUGUUUCAUUAGGAUACUACUACGAUGGCUGACAUCCCACAGAUGUCCUCAGCUGGAUGCCCGUCGCUUCCUUCAGACGGGAGCCUGUGAGCAGAAGCGGCCCGUCCAAGUAGGCAACUGGGACUCCUCUGAGGGGAGGGAGGCAGACGCUGGAAGGGGCUGGGGCCACCAAAGGUGCUGUUGAGGCCAGAUGACAGCUACUCAGAAACACAACCUCUUCACGCCAGAACCUCACUAUAUCCCUGGCUAUGCCGGAUUCUAUCCGCAGCUGCGCUACCAGGUGGGGGACACCUAUGGGCGCACCACAGCACAGCUGCUCACAGACCCCAGCGUGCAGAAGAGCCCCUGCUCUGUGCUGUCCCCCAUAUCCAAGCCCAAGUUCAUCGAGGACUUCAGCAAGUCCAAGCCACCUCCGAUCCCCCACCGUGACCUGACUGAGCCCUACGUCCCCCACUACACGGGUCUGAAGCCCUACAAGAACUUUGAGAUCCUGGGCCAGUUCCCACCCCGGAAAGUGGAUGCCCAAAGCGGGCGGCCGGGGGUAGAGAAUGUAUCCAGGCAGGUCCUGCUGCCUGUGGGCUUCAUGCCCUACCCUCCCUACCCCCCGUGCCCACCAGGCAGGAAGGGGGACUCCAGAGACUUCGGACACCCAGGCCUGCGGCUGGCAUAUGGGGAGGAGGGCUGGAGGAGCACCACCCCCGUCCGUGAGGCCCCUGGGCGGGACCAGCUGUACCAUUGCAGGAGGGAUGAAUACCCACCCCCAGCUCAGCAGCAGGAGACACUAGAUGUGGGCAGGUUCCACAGGCUGCCCCAGCUCGACCACCCCAACCUGAUCCAACGCAAAGCCAUCUCAGGCUACGCUGGCUUUGUCCCUCGGUUUGCCUGGGUGAUGGGGGUGAAUUACCGCGACGGUGUCACACAGGCUAUGGAUGAGUUUGACAAAAACCAGUUCCUCUUCAGAAACCCCAUCUGUGCCCUGGGUGAGAGGCUGCCCAAAACACACUGGCCUAGCAACACCAUCUACAACAGCCAGGGCCUGAUACCUUUCUACAUGGGGUUCAUACCAUCCACGCAGGACAACUAUGCGCUGACGUUUGGCAACAGUACCCGCAAAGCAUAUCAAAAGGAACUGCAAAGACGACACCAGACACUAUGAAAAUGCUUUAAUGGUGGCGUCUGUACAGCAUGUGACGUCAAGACAGGAAGGAAAGCAAGUGCACACAGAGAACAGGUUGUGAGUGAAUAAAGAGUUCACACAG